AUGGGGUUUGAGCCAGUCGGCCAUGCUCUAUCCCUGCCGUCACUGCCAUCCACCGAGAGCAGCCACAGCCCUGAACGCUUAGCCAGACUCUACAGCAAUUUGGACCCAGAGCGGCUCCGAGCCGUUCCUUUAAGCAUUUGCUUAGAGAGCUGGGGCCGCCACUUCAGAAAUGAAGUGGAGGGCGCGUUCUCCGUGGACGCAGCAAAUGACCACCUCAGCCAAAAGACUGAGCAGAUCGACAAUUUUCUCAGCCAUGAUUGGGCCACCAGCCGCUUCCUCAAAGUGCUGACCCUCCUUUGGGUGUUCAACAUCCGAGCCGCCACUAUUGCAACCUUCCUUAUCAGUUGCAUCCUGGGGUUCCUCCGUAUCUACUGGUAUGGCACGGGCAGCAUGAUGGACCACUGGUGCUCCACCUUUUUCGGCUAUGCGACAUUCGUGAUUGUGUUUUGUUGGUGGCAAAGAAUCCAGUCUCUUUUCGGCAUCAGCCGCAAGGUCUUCCUGGACAAACUGUGCAUCGCCCAGCACAAUCCGGCGCUGAAGCAGCAGGGAAUCCUUGGCUUGGCCGGCUUCCUACAGAAGUCGAACACGCUCACGGUUAUGUGGUCGCAACGAUGGGCAACUCGCCUUUGGUGUACCUACGAGUUAGCUGCCUUCAUGCGUCAGGGUAACCUGCAGAUUGAGCUCAUGCCGGUGAAGCUGGCGGGCAUUUUGCUGAUGCAGGGAUCCUGCUGGGCGGCGAUAUCCAUCGCCCAUGCGAUUAUGGCCUCUGACGGUCAGGAAGGUGAUCCCGAUUAUAGCGCUUACACGCUGUCCCUCAUCGGCAUUGGGAUCUUCAGUGUGAUCCUGAUCGCUCUCACUGCUGUGAUGGUGCACACAGGCCUGUGGCUCAUGAAGGAGUUGGAUGAGCUGCCAGGGCAGUUGAAAGCGUUUCGAAUACAAGAUGCCGCGUGCUACUGCUGUGCUCACGGCCACCGCCAUCCAAAGACUGGGAAAGAAAUUCCAUGUGACCGAGAGUAUGUGUACUGGAUGCUUCGUACUUGGUUUCAUGAUCCAGAAGCACCGGACAAGUCGCACCUGGAUUCGUUCAAUGCCAUGGUGAGAGAGCAGCUGGCACCCGUCGUACUUAAACAUGCAGGUGGGAGCACGCUGCCUUUGAGUUACGCCUUGUAUGUUUGUGCCGCAUGCAAUUUGCCCUGGCUCAUUGACUACAUCCCCUGGUGGGCUGCCGGGUAUUGUCCAGAAGAGAAAGCUGGCUUUGCUUUCUUGUUGUGGUGGCUGCGCGGCCUUAUGCUUUUCUUGUACCAUCCUCUUCUGCAGCUCGCAAUGAUGCGAAUCUGCACGAUGAUGUGGAAAGCCUUGCUGCCACUGGCAGAGCGAACUUGGCGCGUGGCACUGACAGCCGUGCAGAUUCUCAUCAUGAUCAUCGUUGCGCUGGCUGUGUGGCUUGCGUUUCGCUAUGUGUACCAGGUCACAGACAGCACAAGUUUGCUGCCGGGUUUGCCCUUUGUCGCUCUUGUCAUCCUGGACAUCGCCCUUUUCUGGCGAUCUGGGGAGCGGGCUACAGCUUCUGCCAGACCAGAUCACAAAGAAACAGGCCCGUCGUCUUCGCAUGCCACAGACCCUGAAAAAGAAGAUGUCGAGAAGAAAGAUGAAGAUGAUGGGAGGACUCCCGGUCACUGCAUCUGGCACAUCUCCGAAACAGAGGCUGACGGGCAACUGGUUGAGGUGAAGCUGUAA